AUGAGCGACUCAUCUCCCACAACUGGUGACUCUAGCAAAGUAACCAAGGAGAUCCACAUGCUCCCUGAAGUACGUCCUCGCAGCCGUCGCCCUAGCAUUGCCGGUGCCGGCUUCAGCCAUGAACUCCGGCCCCGGAAACGACUGCACAGUGUCGCUGACCACCACGACGAAUCUGAAGGAGGAGACGAUAAACGGGCCAAGUCUGUCCCUCAGCAAACACUGUUGGCACCAUUGACCCCGCUUGAACGCCGGAUCCUCGAUAUCUUGACUCGUAUAGAGUUGAGACUCGAUCGCAUUGAACAGAGACUAGACACCAUUCAAUGGAAUGAGUCCUCUAGUAAGUGA